UCACUAAAGAAAGUACAAGAAAGUAGAAAAAGAAACAGACCACCUUCCACGGCACUAGUAGUUUCCAAGAGGCUGGCAUACAAAACCAGGAGAAAGGUGUGGAAUAAGGAACCUGCUAUUUGGGUACCACUGAUUGAAAGACAAAAAGGGAAAGAAAUUUCUUGAAGAUCCUGAACUAGGAAUGAGCAAGAUUACUACUUCAAGCUUGUCUCCGAGGACCAAAGGCGCUGCUCCAUUCUUGUGGAAGACUUAUGCUUUGUUAGAGGAAGGUGAAGAAGGUGCAGAAACUGCGGAUCAUAGCAAGAAAAUCGUUUCGUGGAAUGCUGAAGGAACCGGGUUCGUGGUCUGGUCGCCUGCUGAGUUCUCAGAGCUCACCUUGCCUAGAUAUUUCAAGCACAACAAUUUUUCCAGCUUCAUUCGCCAACUUAACACAUAUCAGGGGUUUAAGAAAACAUCAUCCAAAAGAUGGGAGUUCAAGCAUGAGAAGUUCCAGAGGGGUUGUAAGCAUCUGCUAGUGGAGAUAACAAGGAAGAAAACGGAGCCGAGCGUGUUCCCUGCCUUCCUGAAGGCUUCUGAUGAAGACAACGCCAACCAUGUUGAGGAGAACAGUUGCCAAACACUCUUGGAGGAGAACGAAAUUCUAAGGAGAGAGAAGGAGGAAUUGCAGACCCAAAUAGCCCAAUUCAAAGCUCUAGAGAUUAAGUUGUUGGAUUGCCUCGCUCAACACAUGGGAAAUACCAAUCACAAAGAAAGGAGGUUGUGCUAGCUAGCACUAGGUGGACGACCUUGGUCUCUCUUCUUAAUUCCCUUUGUAAUUCCUCCUCGUCUUUCCCUUGUAGCCAAAGGGUUAUGUUGGGUGCUUGAGAAAAUGAACAUAAGAAAGAAAGAAAAAUGGUUUCAUUGUUA